CUCUCUUUCUCUCUCAUUGAUCGAGCAAAUUAAUAAGAUAAUAUUAUAUAUAAAUAAAAUCAGCCAAUAAGCAUGAGCAUCUAAAAAUCAUCUCCUCGCUCUCUUUCUUUUACAUCACUUCGUGCUAUUUGUUUUUGGCAAAAACUUGGGAGCGAGCUUCUGGGUGUCACAUUUUCUGCAUUUUCUUGAAUCUUUGUAAGCCUUAAUUUCCCAAACACAUUAUUUAGCUUUGUGGGCUUGUUUCGCCGACACGACCAAAGACAUCUUUGUACCUCUACAUUUUAUCGCCGUUGAAAUCGUACGAGGAAGAAGCUUUUGGUUUUUCUUCUCAUCUCAUAUCUUAUCGCCGUUGAGAUCGUUCUUCUUUCAAAUUAUAUAAGGAAGAACCUUUUCGUUUUGGUAAUUCGUAGAACAAAUCCCACCACAAUACAUAUAUUAUUCAAAAGGAGGUAUCAUUAUCUCAUGGGUACUCAAGGGUGGUGGUGGUGGCGAUUGUUUGCUGGAGUUCUCUUCUUUCAUGGCUUCUGUGCCUCUGAAAACGCCCCAAACUACACGUUCACGAAGAAUGCAACGUCAGCUCCACCCAUAUCCUAUUAUGACUACAUAAUUAUUGGUGGAGGCACAGCCGGGUGCCCUUUGGCAGCCACUCUGUCCCAAAACUACAGCGUUUUGCUCCUUGAACGGGGUGGGUCACCUUACGGGAACCCCAACAUCACCAACUUAGGUGCCUUCGGCGCCGCGCUGUCGGACCUCUCCCCGACCUCCCCCUCCCAGCGCUUCAUCUCUGAAGAUGGCGUCAUCAAUGCUCGGGCCCGUGUAUUAGGUGGCGGAAGCUGUUUAAACGCCGGCUUCUACACACGUGCUGCCCCCUACUUCGUUAGUCAAGUGGGGUGGGACGGGCGGCUAGUGAACGAAUCGUACCAAUGGGUGGAACGGGUGGUAGCGUUCGAGCCACCAAUGCGGCAGUGGCAAUCAGCGGUGCGAGACGGGCUGGUGGAGGUUGGGGUGUUGCCGUACAAUGGAUUCACGUAUGAUCAUAUGUACGGGACUAAGAUUGGCGGGAGCAUAUUUGAUGAAGAUGGCCAUAGACAUACUGCUGCUGACUUGCUGGAGUAUGCUAACCCUAGUGGCCUUACGGUGCUUUUGCAUGCCCCUGUGCAUAAAAUUUUGUUUAAAAUAAAAGGAGUAUCAAGGCCCAAGGCCCAUGGAGUGGUAUUUAGAGAUGCAUCAGGGGCUAAACACAGAGCAUAUCUCAACAAUGGGACCAGUAACGAGAUCAUUGUAUCAGCCGGUGCUCUGGGGAGCCCACAGAUACUAAUGUUAAGUGGAGUGGGCCCUGCAGACCAGCUGAAGGCCCACAACAUCACAGUAGUGUUGGACCAACCCCUGGUCGGCCAAGGCAUGUCGGAUAAUCCCAUGAAUGCAAUUUUCGUACCGUCUCCGAUUCCGGUCGAAGUCUCCCUCAUUCAAGUCGUCGGCAUUACCCACUUCGGAAGCUACAUCGAAGCCGCCAGUGGCGCAAACUUUGCUGGCGGCGCCUCUCCAAGAGACUAUGGGAUGUUGUCUCCUAAGAUUGGGCAGCUUUCCACUGUGCCGCCAAAAGAAAGGACCCCAGAAGCCCUAGCCAGAGCUGUGGAGCUUUUAGAGAAUCUUGACGAUGCAGCCUUCAGAGGUGGAUUCAUUCUUGAGAAAAUCAUGGGUCCAGCUUCCACAGGCCAUUUGGAGCUCCGAACCCGGAAUCCCAACGACAACCCAGCUGUCACCUUCAACUACUUCCAAGACCCCACAGAUUUGCAGAGAUGUGUCCAAGGCAUCAGCACAAUUGAGCGGAUAAUCGAGUCCAAUUCUUUCUCCAAGUUCAAAUUCGAUAAUUUAACGUUGCCAAUACUUCUCAACAUGACAGCAGGUUCCCCAAUAAAUCUGUUGCCUAAACAUGUGAAUACUUCGACCUCGUUGGAACAGUUCUGUAAGGACACAGUGAUGACCAUCUGGCAUUAUCAUGGAGGCUGCCAAAUUGGGAAGGUUGUUGAUGAUGAUCAUAAGGUUCUUGGUGUUGAUGCUUUAAGGGUUAUUGAUGGAUCCACCUUUAAUUUCUCUCCUGGAACUAAUCCUCAAGCCACUGUCAUGAUGCUUGGAAGGUACAUGGGUGUAAGGAUAUUAAGUGAGAGACUUGCUGCUGGUGAUGACUCAAAGUAGAUGAUCGAUCAUGAUUUUACUUUUGUUUUCUUGAGCUUCGGGAGUCAUUACAGCUAUAUUAGCCUAAUUAAUGGAAUGUAAAAUUGAUUGUUGACAAGGAUUUGAAUAAAUUCAUGAAAUGUUAAAACGAUGAAGAUAAUUAUGUGUACGUACUCUUUACUUUGUUUAAUUCUAUGAUGUUUCUGGUUAA